UAGACACAACCGCCUGCCGCCCACAGACCCUCCGCCAGCCUCCUCUCCUGCAACCCAGGCUUCUAGCAAAGCUCUGUUCCAGCCCCAUCAACUAACGAAGAGAAGGUUCAGGGCCUACCUGGUGAACAGCCACCCCGAGCGAGGCCAAGGAGCCAGCAGAAUGGUGGCACAGCAGAGAGGAGAGACGGAGGGUCCCAGCCCCCGACAGGAGCCGGUGGUCUGCUACUUGCUGCCAAACUACCCCUGA